GCCCCUCUCUCUCUGUGUGUACCUGCAUGAACAAGCGUGUUGUGUACAGAGGACUUUCGUGUGCACCAUGCAUCGAUGGAUUGAGUGUCGACUCUACUUAGUAGCAACCGAUCCGAUCCGAUCCACGCAGUCAGUCAGUCAGGCAUGGCACCACGCAAGCCACCAAUCACCCUAGCUAUCCACUGUACAAGCAGUACAAGCACAUGACGAUAUGCACUGCACGCGUCCAUCAAUCAGCCAUCAUGAAUGCAUCACCUGAAUAUGAGGAGGGCAAGGAAGGAACUUCCCUCUCGCCUCCCUGCACCUCUCUCUCUCUCUCUCUCUCUCUCUCAGCUAUGUAUAGCUACCUCUACGUGAGGCUACAUCCACCAUCAGCAGUCUCCAACAACCUCACUCGAGGAAUGACUUGAGUAGCUUCUCGUCGCUCGGAUCGGCAAACGGGCCUGCAUGACCCAAACACACAUAAUAACAAUGCCAGAGAACAGGAUGUGUGCGAGGUGUUGGCGCACCGGGUUCGAAGUUCUUGAUGGUGAGUGUGAUGACCUCGUCGAUGCCCUCACUCUUCUGUCAUGCGAACCAAUACCAUACAAACAAACGCAUACACACACACACACACAUGGCCGAGGGAGGCCACUCGGCCGACCUGUCCACUCCUUCGUCUCUCACUCACCUGCGGCACCUCGCGGUUCUUGUAGAAGGAAUGCAGCACCUUUGAUAUAUACACACACACACACACACAGACACACAGGGGGAGAGAUACGAGUACGGGCGGGCGCAAGUGGUGUGGCGGCGUGGCAUGGCAGGGCAUACCAUGGGGGGGAUCUUCUUUUUGUGUUCGCGCACACGCGGGUUGAGCUCGCGGUAGGCGUUGAGGUGAAAGCACAAGUCCUUCGGCACGUCCAUGUACACGGCACGCACCUUAGCUGACAAACACACACACACACACACACACGCAGACACCGGUAAGCGCGCCAUUUGCUCCUCUCUCCCCUUUUGCCCCCGUCCAUUCCGUUGACCUUUGUAUUGUUUGGCGAGGUCUAUGUAGGCCUUUCUGGUGCUCUUGUCCUUAUUCUGGUUGUCAAUGACGGCCGACUGCCCCGCCGCCAACGCCGUCUUGCACUCCUUGACACACUUGUUCUUGUCCUUCAACGUGUCCUGCACACACACAUCCAUCCAUCCAUCCAACACAACACAGCAUAGCAUAGCACGGUGGGUGGGAGUUGUCACCUACCUGGUUGACGUGCUUGUAUGUCGGGAACAGCUUGCGACUGCGCAGAGCAGGGGAGACAGAUGCAUCAUUGUGUGGGGUAUGAAUGGCUUGGUUACACUAGGGAGCUCUUGCCGCUGCCCGGCGCGCCAACCAGGAUCACCACUGCAGUGCACACGCACCUACAACGCCAUGAGUUUCCAAGCCGCUCGUCCACACACGCACAGACCCACCUACCCUCGGUGUCCUCCACCUUCUUGAUCACCGUCGAAGGAGGCACCAAGCCUGCACACACAGGGAGAGAUGGUGCACUGCAGCGGUUGACGGACGGGCUCAUGUCAUGCGCCUCUGGCCUCUCUGCCUAUGCGUGUGUCUGACCCGCCCCACCCUGUCCAAGUGUGCGGGGAUCGAAGUCAAACGUAGUCGGGAAGUUGGAGUUCUGACCUGCACGCAACCAGCCAGCCAGCCAGCCAGCCACAGACACGGCAAACAAAUGGUAUCUAUCCACCUCGAGGGCCGUAUGGUACGGUACGUACCCAGGAAGGCCUCUUCGGGUGUGAGGAAGCGUAUGCCGAGGUUGAGGGCAAACUUGUGAUCCGAGCUGCUGAAGUCCUUCUUGCGACCACCGCUCGCAGGGCGGCCAGCCGCAUCACCUGCACCCACCACACCAUCCACCACAACCACCGCUGUGCUCUCUGUGUGUGCGCAUGGGUGAUUUGGUCUCAUACCGACGAACUUGGACUGUUUGCGGUCGAUUUUGACGCCGUCGUUGUGCUCGCUCUCCAUCAAAUCCCACGAUCCAGUGCCUGACCAAUACACACACACACACACACAAGUGGAUGGUGGACGAAGAGCGUGAUAUGUGGCUGUCAGGCGGCCUGACGCACAUGGCUUCCGGUAGAUAUCGUCACGCGUGCUGCCAGUCAGCCAGUCAACACACACAUACACACACGACGUCGCAAGGUGGGUGUGAGAACGUGUGUGCGUGUGCGUGUGCGUGGGGUGUGGUCUUUCAACUUACGCGAGGUAGACGAGCAUGGGGACGGCGAGUGCGGCCUGGACGGCAUCGAGUUUCUUCUGCAGGUCCUCUAGCUUCUGCUUGCCCGUCGACACGCCCUUCUGGUUGCUGAACACCACUACCUUGAACCUUAUAACCACACACACACACACACAGAAAUCCAAUGAAGACGUGUCUGCUUUGCGCGUAGGCCCAACGAACCCGUCGUUGACGUGUUUCUUGAGUACGGUCCUGCAGGAACCGCCGUAGAGCAGCCGCCAGUCGUUGGCAUCUUUCGGCCACUUGGCGCCGCUCUUGGGGGCGAUGAGGGUGCCGUCGAGGUCCAGCCCCAACACCUUGUCCGACGCCGGGCUGUCAUAGUCCUUCCAAUACACACUACCGCGCUGCUCCAUCGACACACACAGACGCACAGAGCAGGCAGACGGAUCAAGGUCUUAGUGCAGUGCAGAAGGUGUCGCGUGUGUGUGAGGGGUGUGUGUGGUGUGUGUGUUUGUGUUUGUAUCUCACCGACUGCCAGACGGCGUUGGGUUUGGUUCUCUUGGCCUCCGGGCAGUCGUCCGGGCCGUCCUCUGCCGCAUGCUUGCUGCUCAUGAUCAACAACGACAACAACCGCACAACCCUGUAGACGCAACAGCAACAAACGAGAUCUGACCUUUGCGGCAUCAGCCGUUGUUUGCCCACCUUCUUGGUUUGGAUGCACGACUGGCGUGCUUCAGCAGAUGCGAGUGUGCUGCAAAACCACGCGCAAGGCCGCCUGCCGUGGACCACUCAACGCAUCCGACAAAGCCGAUGGCCGAUGCCUCGCAACCACAGAUUUGCAAAGCGCAGGCAAGCGCCGCUAUCGUCAGGCUAUAGACGCUAUCCCACCACAGUUUUCCU